AUGGUGCUAUUACAUUCUUGGCUAGAAACUUCCAAAAACAAUUUCAUAAAUUAUAAAGAAUUGAAGCGUGCUGCCAGGGAUUCGCACGCUAUUGUUAAGCGAGCGUGCUACUACUUGAAAAGUGAUUCAAAGUCAAAAGUCAUAAAAUAUGACCUAGAAGAAUUUUAUGAUGAAGAUAUUAGUGCUACUACGGACGAUGAAUUUUAUUUGCUUGUAGAAUAUGCUGAUCAGGGAGAUUUGGAGUGUUAUUUGAACAACCACACACCAGAUUGGACUCAAAGAAUAAAAUUUGCUACUCAAUUAGCCAGUGGGCUUAAUUUUCUUCAUAGUCAGGAAAUAGUACAUUUAGAUUUAAUUGAUGAGAUUGUUCCAUAUAUCGAACCUCGAGAAUUAAAGCUCUGUGCCGAACAAAAAAAUGAUUCUCAAAGUUGUAUUCAAAGGCAACCUUACGUGAAUAUACCACGUUGUGAUGUAGUCACACAAGUUAUUAAAGGUUGGAGAGAAGAUGUUAUUCCUAAGACUCCUGUUAAAUACUAUGAGCUGUACCAAAAUUGUUGGGACGAUGAUCCAGACAAACGUCCGGAUUGUUCAAAGGCCUUGACGAUACUUGAAACAAUAGAUGUAAAUGAAAUAACUGACACUAGAGAAAACGUCAUUUCAUACGAUACCAUGGGUGAUGAUUAUCGGUUUUAUGGUGACAUUUCAGGUCAUGAAAUAGAGGCCGAAACAGAAACUUUAAUAAUGCAAGAAUCUGACAAAAAAUUACUUUUACACCAUUGGAACUUAUGUAAAGGGCUAAAUCUUCAUGAAAAUACAAAUAAUUUAAUCUCUAGUAAAAGAGAUCUAAUAGGUGACAAUGAAAUCAGGUUUAUGAAAUUUAAAAAAAAAGCUUGCAUAAAAAUUUAUACGAAUAAAAGUCAAGUCACUGAUGAAUUUGCUGAAAAAAUCGAGGAUGCACUAAGUAUAGCAGAGCAGGGAUCGGAUUGUAAAGUACUUUUUGGUUUGCUUAAAGAUUAUGGUGAAUUUAUAGCCCAGAGAAUUGAAAUCGGAGGUGCACUUAUGGUCGAAUACAACUCGUAUAACUCACGUUUACAGGACAUUGAAAUUCUGAAAGCCCAAGUGUAUUGGGCUUAUGAUCAAGUUAUGUCGGGGAAACCUAAUGCAUUUGAUCAAGUUAAAUUUGAUAAUUUUACAAUGACAGAUGCAAAUGACAAUAAAAAAAUUACUUCUGGUCAUGAAUUAAAGGAUUGGAUGAAAAAUUUUUACGAACAUAAUAAAGGAUACAUUAUAUCUUUUAACAAAAUUAUUCCAGCAUGUCGCCUCCUUAAUAAUGAGAUUAAGCAGAAUUUACGUAAAGUUCUUGAAAAAUUCCAUGAUGAUAAGACCAGACAAUUUCUCGAAAAAUUCAAUGAUCCUCUUAUUAGAGAGUAUAUCCCAAAUAUGGAGGAACAAUUCACAAAGUGUGACAUAAAUGAUUGGAUUUCAUGUUUGCAAAAAAUUCAUCUAUGUGACUGGGUUAACAAUUUACGUUUACGUCACGGUUUAACCAUUAAACCAACUAGGAUAGGGCGUGGGCCCGAUGUUGUGAUUAAUUUUACUAGAAUACCUGAAAGUCGCUCACUGAGUAACUCUUAUAUGUAUUUGCAAAAACCUUCUAGCAAAAAAGAAGUAUUUACUUUAAAAAAUCGUAUUAAAUUUAGUGAUAAUAACAUACCAUUUUUGUCUGAUAAUUUCCAUCCUAUAUUUGAUGAUCGACCAAAUUCUGAAGUUCUUUGCUUUAUUGUUUCCGAAAAAAUCGAACUGAUUAUUAAAUUAGAUAACAUUGAAUCUUCAGAAAUUCUUAAGAGAGAAGUAAAUGAAGCAAUCGACAAUGAUUUUCCAUUUAAUAGUUUGAAACGAGUUUUUGACAAAUUCGGACAUCUUUGUCCUCAAAAAAUAAUACUUGGUUGGACUGCAUCAAGGAGCUAUAAUUCUAUCAGCGAAAAUGAACUUAAGAAUGAUGAACUUUCAUUGGAUAUGAAACACAUGGAUGAUAAAGAUAUAUUGCAGCCAAAAAUUAUUGAUAAAUUACGAGAGUGGAGCAAUUUGAAUGAAAGACUGGAUACUUCUUUUUUCAUGGAUUCUAACGGUAAAAUUGUAAAGGAUUGUGAUAUAUAUUUGCAGUUACGAAAUUUUAACGAUUUAAGAAAUAAAUACUUGGACUCUCAAGGAAAAAAACAGUGGCAUAAAUUAUAUUCGCAGUUACAGAUAGUGAGGUGUGAAGAUUUAGUCCCUUUGUAUAAAGUCCUGCCAAAAAAUAUGCAGAAAACUGUGGAAGAUAUAAUUUCUGACAAUUAUCGGAUUAUCAUGACCGGUGCCGCGGAAAUCAAACGAGAAAAUCAAACGUAUGUAAAUAUUAAAUUUAUGAAGCCUCUUCAAGACAACGAUUUUGAAAUGUUUGGAAAUUUAUUCAUUGAUGGUAUGCAAGGGAUAUCAGAUGUGAUGAUUCGAUUUAGUUUGGCAAAUCAAUACGGGUGUCGAGCUGUGAUUCAUAAACCUGAAACCAAAAGGUAG